AUGUGUCUGUUUUUCUUAUUCUUUUUUUUUUGCAGAAAUUUGGAUCCCCUCACAGAAACUUAUGGGAUUCCAUUUUAUUUACAGUAUUUGGCCCACUGGCCAGAAUAUUUCAUUGUUGCUGAGGCUCCAGGAGGUGAACUUAUGGGUUACAUUAUGGGCAAAGCUGAAGGGUCUGUGGCUCGAGAAGAGUGGCAUGGACACGUCACAGCACUCUCUGUAGCACCUGAAUUUCGGCGCCUUGGGUUAGCCGCCAAACUGAUGGAACUUCUUGAAGAAAUUUCGGAAAGGAAAGGAGGCUUUUUUGUUGAUCUGUUUGUAAGAGUUUCCAAUCAGGUAGCAGUGAACAUGUAUAAACAGCUGGGCUACAGUGUCUAUAGGACUGUAAUAGAAUACUACUCAGCCAGUAACGGGGAGCCAGAUGAAGAUGCUUAUGACAUGAGAAAGGCGCUAUCAAGAGAUACAGAGAAAAAGUCUAUUAUACCCUUACCCCAUCCUGUUAGACCAGAAGAUAUUGAAUAA